AUGUCUUCUAUCCCACCACUUAGCCCAAUGGGUCUUCCAGCCUCACCGCGCGCAAAUCGUCAAAUGCAACUCCUCUCUCCGCUCGAUACAUCAUUCUCAUCAAGCGAAUCAGAAACACCACCACCAUACUCUGGCGCAUCCGAGAAGCAAUCACCACAGUCCCCGGUUGACACACGGCAACGCAACCGCGACUCGCUCAUCUUUGUCAACGCAACCAUCCCACUUAGUCCCGCUUCCUCGACCACCAGCUCACUACGGAAACCCGAUCCGUACGAAGGUCUUACACCACGCAAGCGCAGCGUCUUCGCACGAUUGUUCUGCUGCUUUGGCCGCGAGGAGAGGACAAAGCGACGAGUGAUGCAGGCGACUGAGUUCGAGAAAGUGGGCGAGCCUAGUCACUGGUCCGAGUAUUGA